ACACAAAACCGCCAUAUGUCGAUGAUAACGGUGACGUGGCGAUAUUUGUUUAGAGAUUGCGCUACUUACGGACCGAGGAAUUCUUCACCGAGGAUUUAUUUUCCGUUUUCGUGGUUUCUGGAUCUGAUUUCGCAAACCCCACACACUCUCUCUCUCUCUCUGCAGUCUGCACCAUCUCAACAGAUGACAACCAAAGUUUCUUCAUGCAAAUCCUUCUCAAAUCCAUUACAAGCUAAAUUUAAUAACUUCAGAGUGAUUGGGCAAGUUGGUUUUGCUCCUUUGUGGAGCAGCAGAAGUAGAAGUGGGUAUUUGAGGCUUAGAGCAUCAAUUUCUGCUGGUGGGGUUGGUGGUUCGCAAGAUGCUGUCGAAGAGGAAAAACAGGAAAAGGGUCUCUUUCUGGGCACAGAGAGGGAUGGCUCUGGCGCUGUUAUUGGGUUUCACUUGAUUCCUCAAUCUGGUGAAGUUGAAGUCAAUGAAGUCAACUCUGUCAAAGACAUAAAUAUUAAUAACUUGGAAGAAGCUGAGGAGAUAGAAGGAGAAGGGAAGGCCCAGACAGGAGUAACCUACAAUAUUGUUUUCGUUACUGCUGAAGUGGCCCCAUAUUCAAAGACAGGGGGCUUGGGAGAUGUUUGUGGUUCUUUGCCUAUAGCAUUAGCAGCUCGUGGACACCGUGUUAUGGUUGUCUCUCCUAGAUAUUUGAAUGGUUCUACUGCAGAUAAGAACUUUGCUAGUGCUGUUGAUUUGGAUAGCCGCAUUAAAGUAUAUUGCUUUGGAGGGGUGCAAGAAGUUGACUUCUUCCAUGAGUAUAGGGACGGUGUUGAUUGGGUAUUUGUUGACCACCCCUCAUACCAUAGACCUGGAACUCUAUAUGGGGAUACUCGUGGUGCUUUCGGUGAUAAUCAGUUUCGGUUCACUUUACUUUGCCAUGCAGCAUGUGAAGCUCCACUAGUGCUUCCAUUGGGAGGGUUCACUUAUGGCGAGAAAUGUGUGUUCCUUGCCAAUGAUUGGCAUGCAAGCCUUGUGCCAGUACUAUUGGCAGCCAAGUAUCGUCCAUAUGGAGUCUAUAAAGAUGCUCGAAGUAUUCUUGUAAUCCACAACCUUUCACAUCAGGGAGUGGAAUCAGCAGCAACAUACAAGAAUUUGGGACUUCCUUCGGAGUGGUAUGGAGCCCUGGAAUGGGUUUUUCCAACAUGGGCAAGGACACAUGCUCUUGACCCAGGUCAAGCAGUCAAUCUUCUGAAGGGUGCAGUUGUGACAGCUGAUCGUAUAUUGACUGUUAGCCAGGGCUAUUCCUGGGAAAUAACAACAGCUGAAGGCGGAUAUGGUCUACAUGAGUUGCUAAGUGAUCGAAAGAGUAUUAUUAAUGGGAUCACAAAUGGGAUUGAUGUUGCUGAAUGGGACCCAUCUUCAGACGAGUAUAUCCCUUACCAUUAUUCUGUUGAAAAUAUUUCUGAGAAGGUUCAAUGCAAGACUGCUUUACAGAAAGAACUGGGUCUUCCCAUUAGGCCUGAUUGCCCAUUGAUUGGGUUUAUCGGGAGACUGGACUACCAGAAAGGCAUCGACUUGAUCCGGUCGGCAAUUCCAGAGAUAAUGGAAGACGAUGUACAAUUUAUUAUGCUUGGCUCUGGGGAUCCGAUGUUUGAAGAUUGGAUGAGAGCAACAGAGUUCGCUUAUAAAGAAAAAUUCCGGGGUUGGGUUGGAUUUAAUGUCCCAAUUUCUCAUAAGAUAACUGCAGGCUGUGACAUACUGUUGAUGCCCUCAAGGUUUGAGCCCUGUGGGCUAAAUCAAUUGUAUGCAAUGAGAUAUGGAACUGUGCCCGUGGUUCAUGACACUGGGGGACUCAGAGAUACUGUAAAAAAUUUCAAUCCAUAUGCUCAAGAAGGCAAAGGUGAAGGUACAGGAUGGACUUUCUCUCCUCUGACAAAAGAGAGCAUGUUGGCGGCUUUAAAAAUUGCCGUUCGGACUUAUAGAGAGCACAAGUCUUCUUGGGAGGGAUUGAUGAGAAGAGGGAUGCAGAGGGACUGCACAUGGGAAAAUGCGGCCAUUCAAUAUGAACAGGUGUUUGAAUGGGCAUUCAUUGAUCCACCUUAUGUCAGCUCAGAUUAAAAGAGCAGAUAGAACUAAGAAGGGUGCCAGAAAAAAGAAGAAACAAACAAACCUCCAGCUUUUUCCUUGGUUCCAGUCUUACAUGAGAGCUAUUCAUUGUCAUACCAGCUUGGAAACUACACGUUCUUUUUCCAUUCCCACUUCAAGGUGGUAUAUAUAUCUACAAUAAUUUUGGUCAUUCUUUUGGUUGAGAAGGUGGUACUUGUAUUAAAAGUGCACUUUAUUCUUCUAGAUAGUAUAAGAUGGAUGGAUGUUUUAUGUUGAA